AUGGAUAUACCGACAGAGGAUUAUCAGGUCGAGAGGAUCAAGUUCGACUAUCUUGAGGAAUAUCAAUCUUGGGAUCAGAAAAAUUUGCAGGCAUGGGAGGCUGCUUCGAACAAACGACAACGAGAAUACGAUAAGAAUUGGUUGGACAAAUACGGUUUGGACGGAGGAAUUCUUGAACAUAUGAUUCAUGUUGGUGGACUUGCAGCGAUUGAUACCGAGAUGACAAGUAUGAAUGAGACUCGAUCGAAACGUGCUCUAGGGCAAGAGAUUGAACAGGAGAGAAGUCUGCUGCUGGCGCAGGAGAAGGAUCCUUUCAAACAGAUGAUGAUGAAACGUGUUUGGAAAACGGAGGAUGCACACGAGGAUCUCAUUCAUGUCGUUCAAUCGACGAAGACCGACAUCAAACGAGUAGGUGACGCACUGCAGUCACAUGCGGAAGGGAUGGACACAACGGAUGCACGUACGGAUAAUAUUGGAAAAACAAGUUAA